GGCGGCGGGGCAGAUGACCCAAGGUGAAGCCACUCUUCUUGGUCACCCUCAGCCUGAAACCUAGGGAGGAUGCCCUGGACGCCCCAGCUAGGGUCUGACAUCAGGCCCCAUGCGGCUCACCCACUGCUGGGCUGCCCUGGCAGCCGCCAUCAUCCUCAACCUCCUAGUCUUCUUCUAUGUGUCAUGGCUACAACACCAGCCCAGAAACUCCCGGGCCCGGGGUCCUCGCCGGACUUCUGCCAUUGGCCCCCGAGUCANCGUCCUGAUUCGGGAAUUUGAGGCUUUUGACAACGCAGUGCCAGAGCUAGUGGAUUCUUUUCUGCAGCAGGACCCAGCCCAGCCCGUGGUAGUGGCGGCCNACACACUCCCUUACCCACCCCUGGCCUUGCCUCGNAUCCCUAACGUUCGCCUGGCUCUGCUCCAGCCAGCCCUGGACCGGCCAGCGGCGGCCUCGCGCCCGGAGACCUAUGUAGCCACCGAGUUCGUGGCUCUAGUGCCUGAUGGAGCGCGGGUUGGAUGA